GUUUGCGGGGGGGACGCCAGGCUGGGCGCUGAUACUCUCAACCUUUGCCUUAUCUUCAUUCCUUCCACUUGUAAACAUUUAAUCGGCGGCUGAUUUUCUGCACAACAUCCCUGUUAAAGUAGUGCAUGGAUUCCCGGGCCUCUUUUGGAAGGGAUUUGUUUAAAAAAAAACAACAAUUCGUCUUUAUUUCUAAUCAUUCAAAUGUUAGAAAUGAAUGUUUUUAAGAACAAAAGUUUGUUUCUGUUUUGACAUCGCAGUUCGACGUUUCCUUUUUUUUUUCCUCCCCCCCCCCCCCCUCCUUGUUAAUCCGGAAAUUAAAUUGCCCGAGGGUUAGUGUGGAGGGUCUGUGUUUUUGUUUGAAGCCUCUUCGCCUUUGGCAGGAGCUGGUGACAGAUUGUGCCAGCUGAUCGCUGCCAACUUCCCGGCGAGUUCUUGGAGCAGACAGAAUGAUGGAUACUGUCGUGGUGUAAAAGGACACGCGUUCUAAAGUGUCAUUUUUGUUUGCGGCUGAGGGUCUUGAAGAAUUUUGAAUCCAGAGCACCCAUUUUGGUGCAGAUACGAUGGCAAAACAUGUUGCAAUAUUUAACACAAGUGGAGAGCUGAAAGAAUUCACAGACCAGAACCUUUAUCCAGUAAAGGAUAGUCUAUCCAUGGUCGCUACAUCAGUUUCCAACAUCGUCUCUCAAACCAAGAUCUUACCUAAAACCUUAGGCCUAGCAAACGUGAAUGUUGCACCACAAAUGAUCAUAAGCACACCACAGCGACUGGGCAACACUGGAAGUGUUCUGAUCGGAAGUCCUUACACCCCCACACCAACUAUGGUUACGCAGAGUCACAUAACAGACCCUUCUGGAUGGGUUGCAGGGAGCAGAAAACGUUCUCAUGAAUUUAUUGAAUCCGAUUUUUCAAAUAAUAAACGAAACAAGAAAGGGGAAAAGAAUGGGAAGGGCCUACGGCACUUUUCAAUGAAAGUGUGUGAAAAGGUGCAGCGGAAAGGAACAACUUCCUACAAUGAAGUGGCUGAUGAGUUGGUGGCGGAGUUCAGCAGUUCCAAUAAUCACAUGUCGUCCGAUUCUGCAUAUGACCAGAAGAAUAUACGACGCCGUGUUUACGACGCGCUGAAUGUGUUGAUGGCUAUGAACAUCAUUUCGAAGGAAAAGAAAGAAAUCCGAUGGAUUGGGCUUCCCACAAAUUCUGCUCAGGAAUUCCAGAACCUUGAGGUGGAGAAACAAAGGCGAAUAGAACGAAUCAAACAAAAGAAGGCUCAACUAGAAGAAUUGAUUCUGCAGCAAAUAGCAUUCAAAAAUCUGGUACAGAGGAACAAACAAUUGGAACAACAGACACAGAGUCCCCCUGCACCAAAUUCUACUAUUCAGUUGCCUUUCAUCAUAGUCAACACCAGCAAAAGGACUGUCAUCGACUGCAGCAUCUCCAGUGAUAAGUUUGAAUAUCUAUUCAACUUUGACAACACGUUUGAGAUUCACGACGAUAUUGAAGUCCUGAAACGUAUGGGGAUGUCCUUUGGCUUGGAAUCUGGCAAAUGUACUCCAGAAAAUUUAAAAACUGCAAACUCAUUGGUGCCAAAAGUUUUGCAGCCCUAUGUUGCAGAAAUGGCAGAAGGAUCGUCCUGUGCAAACAGUGAAGUGCCUUCAGAUCUAAUGCAGACUGCCUCCAUCUUAACUACUGGUGCAAUUUCACAGUCAAGCAUAAACCCUGGGUUUUCAUUGGAUGUAGAAGUUGCCUUAGCAACAGGACAGUUUCUUGCACCAGAGAGUCACCACUCGAGCAGCCUUGCCUCAAACUUUGAAUCACGAGGUGAAACACCGUGCUCCUUCAACGAUGAUGACGAGGAGGAUGAUGACGAUGAAGAUGACUGCUCUUCACUUGUUGAAGGAGAGUAAGGAGACGCUGACAUACUUCUCGAGCUGCCUUUUAACGGAGCUGUACUGUGCUAUGUUCCACCACCCGCUCUUGUCAACUUUGCGGCUGACCCUUGCAGACUGUAAACCGAGGGAGUGAAAAAUAAACAGCAAUUGUGUGUGAAUGUUCAGAACCCUGUGAUGCAGCCUCUAGUUUGUUGCUACAUGUUAUCACAACCAGCUAAACAUGAUCCAAAGCUGAUUGGCUGGCACAGUUGUAAUAGCUGCUACUUUUUUUUGUUCUAGUUUGUUUUAACUUCCAAUUUUUCCCUUUACUGUUUCUACCUUUUGGAAAACUUUGAGGUAGACAACCCAGUUGUUUCAGUGUUGGUGUUAUAUCUGUAUCUUGUGCUCGUCUGGGUUUGGAGUAUGUUGAGGUGAAACAAAUUGUUUUAGUUAAGUUUCAGUUUUUACAUGCUGAGGGUAAUGGCAUGAUUGGAACCCACUCAGCCUUUGGGUUCCUGGUAAGGAUGUCCUUUGAGCACGUUGCAGCCAUUUCCUCUCCACCCUCACGGGUCUACGUGGUUCUAAAGCAAGGGCCUCAUGUUGAUCGAAGCUAAUGUACGGCAUCUAUUUGGAACGACAUUUUCUUUCCAAAAGAGUGUAAAGUCAUUUCAAUUUUGUAGUCUUAAAUUCACUUUGUGAAUGAGUUUUGUGUUGACUGUUGAGCAAUAAAUCAAACCGCAUUCCUUAUCGAUGACAUCCAUCCAGGAACCGAGGAGAACAAGUCCACGAAGCUGAUCGAAUUAACCGAAAAAAUGAUCAGUGGGUAAAAAGCACCAGUUCUGCUCCUCCAGUGGCAGUGGCGAUUUAUCUGACGAGUAGUGUCUCCAUAGCUAUUAGAAAGUGCCAAGAUUCAGUCCCUAGAGUGAGCUGAUCUUCAGAUCACUGCGUCUGAAUUCGAGGGAGAAUUCGUCAGGCUGCUCGUUAUCCAAUGUUUUCCAUCCAAACGAACCUGUUCGGAGAUCGGGUGAGAUUAGGCUCAGCCCGCAAUGAGCGCAGUCAAAUGCUUUUACCGACAUUCUGUUAAUGGGGAUUACCAGUGAAUUGUGAUGCCCAUAUGGAAGAAUGAGGGAAUGACUGGCUCCCACAGAGCUGUGGCCGAGCAAGGAAACAUGCGGGAAGAAGGGAAAGGAUAACAAAUAGUAAAAUGAAUCACUUUAUUACUGACCUCCAGCUUUUGGACAUUGUCUUUGGAAAAAACAAUAUGAUGGCAAAAGCUGGUAUCUUUCUCAGACAGAUUUUAUUCUUUUAGUUCGCCUCUAACUUCCUCUCAUAGGAGAAUAGUAUCAGAUAAAACAUAGGCUCUGUCUGAUGCCCUAGAUAGGAUCGUUCAUGCACCAACCAAUCUCUCCUCUCUGUCAUCUGCAGAUGUAAACCUUUAUGAACUCAUUGAGAUUGAAAUUGUUCAUGGACACUUGUGAAAAACAGGCAUCAGCUUUCCAGCAGAACAUUUGAGCAGCCAUGCCAUUUGCUAUUCCAUUCACUUCACUUAAGGUGAGGGCUAUGAUGGGAUGCCAGUUUGUGUCUAUCUGUUUACUACCAACAUCCAGGACCAAUUUCAAACCAAUUGUGUUUUUUUUGUAAAUAAUUAGCCAUGUUCUUAAUUUUUCAUUCACGUUUUAUAUCCACUUUGUAGAAAUAUGUUCACUGUGUGUGUGUAUAUAUAUAAUAUAUAUAUAUAUAUCACUGUGUGUGUGUAUAUAUAUAAUAUAUAUAUAUAUAUCUAUAAUAAAGAUAAAUCUGUUUUUGCUGCAAGUGGCAUGUUAAGGUAUACCUUUUAGUAUGGUUACAAACAAGGACCUCAUUGUUGACUGUGCUGAUGAACAUGCCUGCAUGGCCUCUAGUGAUGGUGCAUCUACCUGCCACCUGAUUUAUCAGGGCAGAAUAUUUCCACAAUAAACUAAAAAAAAAUGUAUUGUAGAACAUGGAAUAAAAUAAUUUAAAGGCAAUCAAA